AUUCUUGCCAUUCCUUAUGAUCCUAAAUUGCUGUUGCGAAGAGGUACUCAUACUCGAGUUUUCUCUUAUAGAUCAUUUACUGUUCGAACUUUGGGCCAUACAAAGUUGAUUUUUCGUUUUACUC